ACCUCCAUCACUUCCCUUUAACAACAUUACCACUGUGCGGACUCUCUGUAAAGUGUAAGCCCACUCACUCUGUCUCUCGCGUCCAUAACAAUCACUUCUCGACAAGCCCUGCUUUGCUUAGCUCCAGGUAGCUCCUUCGGUUUUCCAAGCUGUUCUAUAAGUUAUAAACACUCACAAAUUGAGAGAUUAACCACCAUGGACGACCUAUUUGGAGCUUUCUUCUUGGCUAGAUCUAUGUAAUAGCAGUUUAUCUUCAACUUUUAAUACGUUUUUUUUGAAGCAAUUAAUAAGUAGGCUUUCUUGUACCUACCUCCUUGGACCUAAUUGUAAAUCACCGACAAAACCUCAACCUAAUCACGUCAAGAUCUUUCUUCGAAUUAAUUCUUUCCUUCUCACCAAAAUCAUCCUCCUCCUUUCCUAAAGUAUUUUUUGUAGCUUUCCCUUUGUCACUCUGAUUAAAUUUUCUCGGAUAAUUAUAUAAAUUUUUAUCCAAAAGACCUUGAAAUUCAGAAGAAGUUCAAAAUGCAUCGAUUUGUUUUUUCAAUUUUCCUGUGCUUCGCGGCUAUUGCGCCGUUCCUGAAUUGCGGGGUUCUUGCUGAUGUGGUGACUUGCUCUGGGAUCGUGCCUAUGAGGUAUCGGAACGAUAUGAUAUCGAUUAUGGACUUUGGAGGUGUGGGAGAUGGAGUGACAAUGAACACGAAGGCGUUUAGGGCGGCGAUUUAUCGGAUUGAGCAUCUGAGGCGGAGAGGUGGUACACUUCUAUAUAUACCUCCUGGGGAGUAUUUAACAGAGAGUUUCAAUCUUACCAGCCACAUGACCCUCUACUUGGCCAGAGGUGCUGUGAUCAAGGCUACUCAGGAUACAAGAUAUUGGCCUUUGAUUGCCCCCUUGCCAUCAUAUGGACGAGGGAGGGAGCGUCCAGGAGGAAGGUAUAUGAGCUUUAUCCAUGGAGAUGGACUUCAUGAUGUGAUCAUUACUGGUGAGAAUGGAACGAUUGAUGGCCAGGGAAGUGUUUGGUGGAACAUGUGGAGGCAGAGAACCCUCCAAUUCACAAGGCCACAUCUUAUUGAAUUCAUGAACUCCAAGAACAUUAUCAUUUCCAAUGUCAUUUUCAAGAACUCCCCCUUUUGGAACAUUCACCCUGUCUAUUGCAGCAAUGUCGUUAUUCAAUAUUUGACCAUAUUGGCUCCACCCGACUCUCCCAAUACGGAUGGAAUUGAUCCAGAUUCAAGCAGCCAUGUCUGCAUUGAGGACUCGUACAUUUCUACGGGAGAUGACCUUGUGUCGGUGAAGAGUGGGUGGGAUGAGUAUGGCAUUGCUUAUGGUCGCCCUAGCAUCGACAUCACCAUCCGGCGGGUAACAGGAUCGUCCCCAUUUUCUGGAAUUUCAGUCGGAAGUGAAACGUCUGGUGGGAUAGAGAAUGUAUUGGCUGAGCACAUAAGCCUUUUUAACAUGGGAGUUGGCAUCCAUUUGAAGACAAACAUCGGUAGAGGAGGGAUCAUUAGAAACAUUACUGUGACGAAUGUGUACAUGGAAAACGUGCGAAAGGGUAUAAAGAUUGCAGGUGAUGUCGGGGACCAUCCUGAUGACAAGUUCGACCCAAAUGCUCUUCCAGUUGUUAAGGAUGUCACAAUUAAAAAUGUGUGGGGUGAAAAGGUCCAGCAACCAGGUUCAAUACACGGCUUGAGUAACUCCCCUUUCACUGGGAUUUGUCUCUCUAAUAUCAACAUUCAUGGUGGAACAACAACAGGACCGAGAAAAACUCCUUGGCAGUGCUCUGAUGUUAGCGGUGGUGCUGUUGAGGUCAGCCCAUGGCCAUGUUCUGAACUGACUAGCACCCAUCAAACUGGUGCAUGUUCCAUUCCCUUUUGAGAUUGUUGUUGUUGUUCUUUAAAACUCUGUCCAGGCAAGUAAUAAAAACUAUGAUUGUGAUUAGAUAUUAAAGAUUUCAUCUUAUUUUAUUUUUUAUCCUUCA